UAGAUCAUAUUAGUAUCUGGCAACCCGUCUAAGGUGUAGUGCAGCUAGUGAUGCGGAUAUCCUUAAUUUGUUGGAUGUCUAUGAAAUUUAGUAAAAUUUUUUGACAAUAAGAAAUCAGCGAAUUAAAUAAAAGUGUUAUGAAAACCACGAAAACGAUUUUUGCGCGAGAUGCUCGUCAUUAAACUUAUUUUUAUGCUCCCCUUUGUUAUAUGGACUACGGUGGAGAGUUCUCAAAAAUUAAAUGAAUAUAUACAGUAUUAUGAACCUUUAACUUAUAAUAUAAAGAAAGUUCAUGAUCAUCACCUUCGUGCCAAGAGAUCAGUGGGAUCAAAAUCAUAUGUUCAUCUAAAUUUUCAUGCACAUAAAAGACAUUUUAAUAUUCGUCUAAAGCGAGACACUUCAGUUUUUUCAAAAAAUCUCAUUGUUGAGACACCUGAUGGUGAAGAUAAGAAUUUUGAUACCUCUCACAUUUAUGAAGGUCAUCUAAUAGAUGAACAUGGAUCCCAUGUGUAUGGCUCUAUACGCAAUGGUAUUUUUGAAGGAAAAGUUCAUACAGAUAAUGAUACAUAUUUCAUAGAAAGAACUCAUAAAUAUGGUCUGAAAGAUCAGCCAUAUCAUUCUAUUAUAUAUUCAGACAAUGAUGUAAAUGAUCCAUAUGAAUCAAAAAGAGAAGACAAUGUUGGUGGUUGUGCUGGAACUGGUAAAGUUCUACAGUGGAUGCAAGAUAUAAGUAGUUCUGCAGUUCCAGAAAAGACUGUAAAUAAAAAGGAGUUCGAUAAAAAGCAAUUUUUUGAGAAUAUUGUUCGAACAAAACGAAGCUCGCCACUUGUGAGAGACUAUCAUAAUAUUUAUACAAGAGAUGCACAACAAUAUAAUCCCUAUUCCAUGAAAGAGAUCAACUCUGAGAAACGAGCCUGUUCUCUUUACAUACAAACUGACACUUUUUUAUGGGACCACAUAAAAAACUAUGAACUAUCAGAAACAAAUAUAAGAGAAGAAAUAACUUCUUUAGUUUCUCAACAUAUUAAAGCUGUAAAUCAUAUAUAUGAAAACACUGACUUUGAUGGUUUUCGUGGAAUUAAAUUUGUAGUUCAAAGGAUAAAGAUCAAUGACACACGAGUUUGUGAACCAAGGAGUAAACGUGCCAAUCCUUUUUGUUCACCAAACAUAGAUGUCUCGAAUUUUUUGAAUUUGAACUCUCAGUUUAAUCACGAUGACUUCUGCUUAGCCUAUAUUUUUACAUACCGUGAUUUUUCUGGAGGAACUCUAGGAUUAGCUUGGGUUGCCUCUGCUUCAGGCGCUUCAGGUGGUAUUUGCGAGAAAUACAAAUCUUACACUGAAAAUAUUGCUGGCCGACAAGUUCAAACAAAAAGAAGUUUGAAUACAGGUGUUAUCACAUUUGUAAACUACAAUAGCCGUGUACCACCGAAGGUGUCUGAAUUAACACUAGCACAUGAAAUUGGUCACAAUUUUGGAUCUCCUCAUGAUUAUCCAAAAGAAUGUAGACCAGGUGGUGCUAAAGGAAACUACAUUAUGUAUGCCAGUGCUACCUCUGGUGACAGACCGCAUAAUAAUAAGUUUUCUGAAUGCAGUAUACAUAACAUUAGUGCUGUGUUAAGAGCCGUAUUUAGCAAUGAAGGGAAGGAGAACUGUUUCGAAAAAGAUGAUGGUGCUUUCUGUGGUAAUAAAAUUGUUGAAGAUGGAGAAGAAUGUGAUUGUGGUUAUGAUGAGAAAGAAUGUACAGAAAAAUGUUGUUAUCCUAAAGAAGUAGGAAAAUUUUUAAAUCGCGGUGAACCUGCUAUUCCUUGUCAUUUAAGAGCACCUCACAAAUGCAGUCCUAGUCGUGGUCCAUGUUGUGAUUUCAGUUGCAAUUACAUCAGCAAAGGCAGAUUGUGUAAAGCUGAGUCUGAUUGCACCAAAGAAUCUCGCUGCGAUGGCUUUGCUGCUGAAUGUCCUGCACCUUCAUCGAAACCUAAUCGAACAAUUUGUAAUGAAGGUACGCAGGUUUGCUGGAGUGGGGAGUGUAUUGGAUCUAUAUGCCAAAGAUAUGAUAUGGAAGAAUGCUUUCUAACAGAAGAACACCAAGCUAAACCUGAACAAAUGUGUGAAGUAGCUUGUCAGGAUCCAGGAAAAGAAAGUACAUGCCGAAGUACGUAUGUUAUUUCCAAAAUGAAGAAUAUAAGUGGCAUUAAGCUAAGGCCUGGUUCUCCGUGCAAUGAUUUUAAAGGAUAUUGUGAUGUUUUUCAAAAGUGUCGUGCUGUUGAUGCAGAAGGUCCUCUUGCAAGGCUAAAAAACCUUCUCUUCAAUCACAAGACAUUAAAAACUAUAAAGCAAUGGGUUACAAGUUGCUGGUGGGGUGUACUGUUAUCUGGUGUGGGAUUUUUAAUAUUCAUGGGCAUUUUCAUAAAGUGCUGUGCCGUCCACACACCGAGUAGUAAUCCUAACAGAGCUCCGGCCCUGAGGAUUCAAGAUACUUUACGACAUCCUGCUGAUACUCUUCGAAGAAAGCGACAUCGACCUCAGCCACAACCGCCUCCUGGGCCACCACCUCCCUAUCCUGGUCCAAGACCAACAGCUCCUCCUGCUCCAGGGCCAUCAAUUGCUGGUCCCUCUCACGGGUAUGGAGAAGGCCGUGGUCAUUACAACCGUAGAGACAAAACACAACAACCACCUCAUACGAGGAAUAACAAAAAUCGUGUUGACGAUCAUGCAUAUGUAUAUAACAAAGGCAAUGCUUUUGAAAUGAGGGGAAAAGCAUAUGCCUGACCAAUUAUAAACCUAGUUUCAAUUGUUCAAAUGCCUUUUCUCAUUCUUCUGUCUUAGACUUUGAACUAAGACUUCAUACAGUCAUCAGAGGUGUCAGAGACUUGCAGCAGACAUUCUCAACUCAUUUUUAUCUUCAACUGAACAAAAUGUAAAUUUAAAAUGUAAACAUCCUUUCAAACCAAAAAUAUAAAAUAAAUCAAGUUCAGAAUUAUGAAAAUAUAUUGGGAGUCUCUUUGGUGCUGCUAAUUACAAAUCAGUA